AUGGCUGAGAUCGCACCUCAAGGAUUUCUUCUGAUUGGAGCUCCCCCCACCCCCCCGCCUGCUCCUCCCCCCUUUGCCUGUGGGGCUGGGCUCUCCCUGCCUCCCUGCUCUCUCUCUGUUGCCCCCACCCCCAACCCUGGGUCUUCAGGUGGCCGGGGCGGAGCAGGCGAUCGUCCUGGAGUCUCCGAGAACCGCGUGCGCCAGCGUACGUCUCUGCAAACCCACGCAGAGAAACAAGGACGCCUGGCCGCUGGGGAGGUCAGCGGGUCGGGCAGCGUCUGUGGGGGCAGAGGGGACGGUCGACGUUCCACCUCCGGACCCUGCUUCAGAGCUGAGGGUGCAGUGACUUGGAUCUGUGGGAAAGAUGCUGCCAAAGCUCUGGAGCUGGGUGUUGACCCUGAGUUUCUGGCAGAUGAACGUGGUCUUGGGAGGAGAUCCAGGAGAAAGUCGUCUUCAAUGGACCCUGGAUGUGGGAUUGUGGGAGCAGGUGUGAGAGAGGCAGAUCUACCAGGCGAAGUGCGGCAGAUUCUGGAUAAAUUGUUGGACGGGAAGUACAUUGAAGGAACUGUUAAAGCCAUUGAACAUCUCAGGAACCACUCCAUUGAUGACCACUACGUGGGCGUGCUGAGCUACCUCCAAUCCAAGGGCACCAGUCUGCACUCCCUCCAGACGUCGUAUUCCAACUACUUCACGGGAAUCGUCCGACAUCCCGGGCAGCUGGCUGCCGAGCUUCGCCAGAUGGAGACUGGGAUCUUCCUGCUCAGUGUGCGAUACCUGUACAGUGACGAGAGUGUCGAGGUUGGUGCCACAGGGCUCGAGUUUGCAACCAUUGACUUCAAGGAGAUCCGGGAGUCGAUUCUGGAAUCGCCGGGUGGCAGUCGCAGUCUGUUUGUUACGGUCUGGGAGAGGUGUUUACCGCGAGCCGGCUCCCCCCAGUGCCUGGAGCUGCUCACCAAGGCCCUGCGACUCUCCUCAGCUGCCUACCUGCAGCCAGACCUGGUGGUCGACAUGCCCCAGAACCUUCCUGAGGAGACCUUCAAGAACAUAACGGCCGUGUUUAAGGAACUGUACGACGACAUGACUGCCCGUAGCCAGAGGGCCAUCUACGAGUGGAUCAGGCAGAUCCUGCGGAGACCUGACAGGCAGCCCGGAGGGAGCGGGGGAGCAUCGUGGAUCGUGGCUGAGAACCUGUGGUUCCUGGGGAGAUUCGUGGUCCAUCUCCCUCCCGAGGAGAUCCAGAAGAUCAGCCUCAACGAGAUUCGAAUCUUCAUCAAUUACGACAACGCCACGAAGCAGCUGGACUCGGUGUACGACAUCACGCCGGGAACUGCCAGAGCCUUCCAGGAAAGGAUCAAUGCCAGUGGCUUCAAUAUGGCCAACACCUCGACGGUGUACAGACUCGGUCUCCUGGUGUGUUUCUUCGACAACGUACAGGAGUUGGACACCGGGGAGGCUCGCAGUCUCCUCCACCAGAUGAUUAAGUGCAGCCGUCUCAAGGGCUUCCAAGCUGACGUCAGGAAGCUGAAGGCCCAGCUCCUGGGGCUGGUGCUGAGGAGCCAGCAGCUGAACGAGACUCUGGACUCCAUCUCCGACGCCAUCGCCUGCCUGUCCUUCCCGCAACUGGACUCUCUGUCCUCGGAGUCCGUGCGGAGCGCUGUCUCCAUCCUGGGCGCGGUCAGCGGCUGGAGCCGCAGCCAGACGGUCAUCCUGGCCGACAAGUUCAUCGGGGGCGGCGAGCAACUGUCGGCGUUUAACCUCAGCCAGCUGGGGGUCCUGGUGCCCGGGAUCGGUGCCCACACCCUCUACAACACCAGCCCCAAGGACCUGGCGCAGGCUGUGCGAGGAGCCCUGUCCCAGCAUGAAGCCCAGCUCUCCGUGGCCCAGCGCCUGGCUGUGGUCACCCAGGCAACCAACGGGGAUCCAACGCAAUGUGUGGUGGUGAGAGACCCAGACCGUGGUCCUGCCCCGCAGGGCCCAUCUCCCGAACGUGCCCCAGCCUUAGACCGCGCCAGCGCACGGCGUCCACUCGGGGUCCGCACCUUGCUCUGGGCGACCAGAACUGGCAACUGCACUGCACUUGUCCGAGGCAACGAAACUGGUGGCCGGGUGCUCUUGAUGCUGGUGUACCUGGGUGUGGUUUAUGCCCUGCUCCUACACUGUAACAGUCAACAGUCACACCUGCAGCACAGAUACACCUCAAUCGCCAAUUCCAGGAAUGUGUCCUCCAUGCUUGACCUCUUGAACACUUCCUUCUUAAAGGAGAUGCCUCUCUACAACCUGCUUGCCUUGAAGAGCUACAACAUUAGCCACCUUGACCAGGAGUUGAGGAGAAGUCAGGCUCUGUUCCUUUACGACCUGGCGUCUGACACAAUGCCCGUGCAGGAAAUAAUCAGCUGCGGGGAGCUGGCGAGGGGUUUGACCUGUGACGGUCUGUGGUCCCUGGAUCGGCCGACCUUCCUCCGCCUCCGCGUCCUGUUCCAGCGGAACCUCGCCCUUCUCUCACCCCACCAGCUGAACUGCCUGGCCUGGAGGUAUCUGCAGGACGCGCCCGACUCCAUGCCCCCUCUCCUACUGGUCACCCUGCCCACCCGUGUUGUGGCCUCGAGCCCUCGAGCCGCCUGCAGGCCGCUGUUAAUUGCCCUGGGUGGGGUCGAGCUGGCAUCCCUCGUUCCCGACUCAGCGAAGAGGGCGGAGGUGAUCGGGAGAGCGUUGUGGUGCCUGAACUACACACUACAGGAUGAAUAUGAUCUGGACGUCCUGGGCAGAACCAUCUGUGACCUUCCACCUGAGAUCAUAAGGACCAACAUCUCCAACAAGGCCAUGAAUGAAGCCCUCAUCCGGUUCAAGAUUUGUAGGGAUCUCAGUCCCGCCCAGAAGAGAGAAGUUAGAAAUAAAAUCCGGGAAUUCUACGGGGAUCCAACCGUAUGGCAACCUGAACUGAUGCAGGAUCUGGGACCAUUGGUGACACUCUUGUCAAAGGAAGACCUUACCACCGUGGCUGAGAAGUUCCCUGACAUCCUGCUGCAGGCAGCAGUGGAAGUGAAGGGAGCAGCCAUUUCUCAGGAUUUCCUCUGGGCGGUGUUCCGCGCUCUCGAGAGAACAAGUGGGAGCAUUAAACCCUCCGACGGGGCUCCAGGCUGCCGCGGGGUUCGAACCCCAUCCUCUGAUCACAUCCUCAAGCUGGCGGACGCCAACUCCUAUUGGUCAGCCCAAGAACUGCGCUGCCUGUCCCCGGAGACCUUUGUACGAAGUGUCGAGCUCCUCGGCACCCUGAAGGGGUUCGACAUUGCCCAGCUCGUGGCCCUGAAGGAGAAGGCCAAGGAGGUGUGGGGACCGGUCCGAAGCUGGAGGAACCACCAAGUACGAGCUCUCGGCCGAAUCGCGCUGUCUCUGAGCGAGGCCGAAAUCGAGGAGCUCGACCUCGGCACCAUCGACACGGUCGCGGCACUGAGCCAGCACGGGGAGUGGUCUCCACUGCAGGUUAGAUCCAUGUUGGAAGGGUUUCUCCAAGAUUCCGGCCUGACAGUCGGUGCUCUGGACGGUUGGGUCCUGGCCGGGCUUGGCAGCUUGCUGUGCGCAAUGACCGGCAGUGAGGUCAACUCCAUCAGCGCUGCCGCCUACAGGGUCGCAGCGGCGAGGGUCGGCGAGACCGCCUGCGGAGCGGAGGUGCAGAGGGAGAUGCUGAAGAAAGCGAGGAAGGUGUUUGGAGAUGUGGUCAGGUGGAAGGGCUUCAUCCUCUGGGAAGUCGGAACGGUGGCAGCUGGGAUGAGCCAGGAGGAGAUCAAGCACCUGAACCAAGACCUGAUGUCCUACUUCAAGCCAGAAGCAAUCGCUGCCCUGCCCACUGACGUAUUCAAGGAGCUCUCUCCGGGACAGCUGAGCAGCCUGGGGCCUGAGAAUGCGGCUGCCGUGACAGAGGCCCAGAGAGCUGUGCUGAACCCCGAACAGACUGCUGGCUUACAGGCUGCCAGGGAUGGAGGGGAAUCAAAGGACACUCCCCCCUCCACUUCCCCCGUCACAGGCUCGGCUUGCCGUGGUGAACUGUUCCUCCUGCUCUGGGCUGCCUCCACUUCCGUGUGUUUUAUCCCCUGAGGAUCAGACCACUGCUGAGUCCCACUGUCCGACUGCACACUAUUUGUAUAUUGUAAUUGUCAAAGGGUGUAGAUGUCCCUGUUAACACAACGUGGCUAGCUGUAAAGACAUAGACUAAUGAAUCUUCAGAAAGCUACACCAGCAUUCAAGUUACAUUUUAAGAUCACAAGUGCUGACCACCACUUGCUGCGUUCCUAAUGAGCUCACUUGUCAGUGGAAUUUCAGGAGUAGAUUUACAACCUACUUCUGGGACUGGAGGUUAUUUCUUUGUACUUUGGCUAAGAGGCAUCCCAAGCA